CUUCAUGUUCCAUCUAUUCUUUUUCGCUCUAUAAAUACACGAUAUGAUCCCCUCUAUGGUUCUUGGGCAAACAUGUUACGUUCCAAGUAGUCAACUAGCUCCUUUUCCUUUCACUAUUAUCGUCUAGCCAGAAAUCAACAUAUUUAUUUUAUUUUAUAUAUUUUGCUUAUUUAAUUAGCACAUAUAUAUAUAUAAAUAAUUAAAUAUACAUAUAUCCUAAUUUAGAGUAUGAAAAAGCGGAGAAUGCCAGCCAUGGCAGCAGAUUACAGUCCGGGUCGCCGCCUUCAGGUCAUCAACCUACACAAAAAGGAGGAAGAAAUUAAAGGGUUAAUUAGGGUUUAUGAAGAUGGUCAUGUGGAGAGACCCCAAAUUGUCCCAAACGUCACAUGCGAUUUGCCACCAGAUUCUAGCGUCACCUCCAUUGACGUGACUAUAGAAAAGUGUACAAAAAUUUGGGCACGUUGUUAUGUUCCAAAAGGGGAUGAUGAUAAUAAUCCCUCUCAGAUGAAGAAGUUUCCUCUCAUAGUUUACUUCCAUGGAGGUGGGUUUUGCGUUGGAUCAGCUUCUUGGGGUUGUUAUCACGAGUUUCUGGCAAAACUUGCCGGAAAAUCGGAGUGCGUAAUUGUGUCGGUAAGCUACCGGUUGGCGCCGGAGAGUCAACUUCCGGCGGCGUACGACGACGGCGUGAAGACAAUCAUGUGGCUAAGGCAGCAUGCAAGGACAGAGACAAAGGAGGAAUAUUUUUGGUUAAAGAAAUGUGACUUUUCUCGUACUUUCCUUAGUGGUGAUAGUGCUGGGGGGAAUAUAGCACACAAUGUUUCCAUUAGGUUAUGUCCCAAAAGUGAAAAGGAAUUUAAGCACGUAUUGCUAAGUCCUUUGGAGAUAAAAGGGACCAUUCUCAUCCAACCUUUUUUUGGAGGGAAAUCGAGAACCUGCUCCGAGAUAUGCGCGGCCCAACCGCCGCUCACAUUGGCCGACUCUGACGCGUAUUGGCGGUUGGCGCUGCCUGAGGGGGUGAACCGAGACCACCCGUGGUGCAACCCGAUGGUGGCCGCGGCAAAAGGGUACAUGAAGGAGUUGAGGGUUCCACCAAGUUUGGUGUUCAUAUCUGAGUUAGAUAUGUUAAAAGAUAGGAACUUGGAGUUCUGUGGGACAUUGAGUAGAGGUGGGAAGAAAAUGGAGGUUGUUGUGUGUAAAGGUGUUGGCCAUUCAUUUCAUAUCCUUGAUAAGUCACAACUAGCACAAACAAGAACUGAUGAAUUGAUUGAUCAAAUCAAGGCCUUUACUGCUAGAAGCUAACUAGCUAGCUAGAUUUUUUUAAUAAUAAAUAAUUUCCUAGAUGAUAUAUAUGUAUAUCUAUUAUCUACAAAAUGCACACAUAAAACAUUUUUAUACAUGUUCA